AUUCUUUCUCGCUGCGCUCAAGAAUCUAAUUACCCCUUCACACUCCCCCAUAGCACAGUCGUCCAAGCUUCCAAGGCUCGAAGCUGAAUUUCUUCCUUCCACCGGACACAAACAGUUACAGAUAGAAAGAGAAAGAGAUGGGUGAGGAGAAUAGACAUCAGAUGAUGCAGAAUCUGUUUGGUGAUCAAUCGGAAGAAGAAGAAGAAGUAGAGGAACUAUAUUCCGAGCACGAAGCAACUCGGCGAUCGGAUUAUCUAUCUGAUGAAGGGGAGUGUGGGGGAGAGCUUGAAGGUGAAGGUGAAGGUGAAGUUGAGGGGCAAGGGGAGUCAGAAGUGGAGAGUGAUGUGGAAAUGCAUGAUGUAGAUCCUGAUCCUGGGGAGAUCGAGGGUGAGAGGGCUCAAAAUUCUCCGGAAAGAGACAUCAGUGAUCAAAGUGUGGAGAGUGAAGGAAUAGAAGCUGAAAGUGAUGAACAAGACAAAGAGUAUGGCCAAAGAGUAGUAACUAGCCGGAGAAAGGAAGUUGUUGAUAGUGCACCAGAGGGGAACCAGUAUGUGGAUAAUGAAGAUGAGGAGGUUGAUCAGGUUAGAAGAUCAAGGUCACCUAGUGAGGAGAAAGAAGAGACCCAUAUUGCGCAAUCAGCAGCUGAGAUCCGUGAUGUCUUUGGGGAUUCUGAUGAGGAAGAACCAGAAGAAUAUGUGACUCAAAAUAGCCUCGAGCCAGAGUCAUCGGUCAGUGGGAGAUCACCUCUUGAAGAGGAAGGAACUAAUGACAAGAAUCUGAGACCAGAAGAUAUAGUGCGAGAUGAAGAUGCUAAUUAUGAAUCAGAAGAGGAUAAAAUAGAGCAGAAAUCUAAAGAAAAACCAGUUGGCCCCCCAAUGGAGCUAGAGAUUCCAUUGCGUCCACCCCCUGGUCAGCCAGAUAAGGUGAACAUGAUCAAAGUUUCUAACAUAAUGGGCAUUGAACCACAGCCAUUUGAUCCUAAAGCAUUUGUGGAAGAGGAUAUGUUUGUGACAGAUGAAUCUGGGUCUAAGAAACGCAUCCGCUUGGAAAACAAUAUUGUCCGCUGGCGGAGCAUCCAAAAUCUAGAUGGAACUUCUUCUUAUGAGAGCAAUGCACGCUUUGUAAGGUGGUCAGAUGGCAGUUUACAGUUGUUACUUGGCAACGAAGUCCUGGACAUAUCAGUGCAAGACGCGCAACAUGAUCAAGCUCAUCUUUUCCUUCGACAUGGAAAGGGAAUCCUCCAAUCACAAGGGAGGCUUUUAAGGAAGAUGAGGUUUAUGCCAUCAUCUCUGUUGUCGAAUUCCCAUCGGUUGUUGACUGCUCUUGUUGACUCACGACACAAAAAGGUAUACAAGGUUAAGAACUGUGUCACACACAUUGAUCCAGAAAGGGAGAAAGAGGAGAAAGAAAGGGCUGAAGGUCAAACAAUUAGAGCUAAUGAACUUCUCCAUCGCAAGCGGGAAAAGGUGGAUAAGAAAUAUGCACAAACUGUUGAAAGGGGAUGCCAACUUUCACCUGGAUUCUUGGAGGAAGCACUUGAUGAGGAUGAGGAUGAUCAUGAACCUCGUCGCUCAGCUGCUCAGGGUCGUUUUGUGGAAGGCCUGGAAGUUGAAGCACAGGCUGAGAAGCGCAUUUUGAAUGCAAAACGGUUACAGGUUCACAAGGACAUACCGCGGAAACCAGCCUGCUCAUCAGUUCAAUCGUCUAGACGUCCUGUCGAUUUUUCUGACAGUGAGAGAGAAGAGUCCGAGUAUGAAAGUGAUAGGGAUGAAGGUGAGAGGUCUCCCCUGCAAAAGAGGGAAGAGAAGCCUGAGCAUGAAGAAGAAGAAGAAGAAGAAGAAGAAGAAGAAGAAGAGGAUACAGGUGCAAGUGAAGAAUCAGAGGAACCAAGGCGGAGUAAGGGAUCUGGGGGUGGCCUCAAGCGCAAGGAGGUUGAGUCAGAUGCAGACUCUCCUCCAAGAAAGACAAAUUCCCAUCGCCGAAUGGCAGUUGUUUUUGACAGUGAUGAGGAAUGAAAACCACCAUCAGAUGAAAAAUGACAGAAGAGAUGACAUGGAAGAUAGAACAUGCAACUAAUUUUGGUGUUGGAAUCUUCUUCACUCCAUGUUUCUUUUCAUUUUCAGAUCCAUAGACAAACUAGUCGUUUGGAAUAUAUUGGUUUACUCAAGAUGUACUCCAUUUGAUAUAACAGGGAAUGGGUGUCCCGAGUUUAAUGUUACGAUAAAAAGUUUAAUAUGUUUUUGUUUCCAAUGCCUGCCUACACAUUCAAAUUAAAGGAAAAGGUGAAGAAACUAUCAUGCUGAAAGCUGAUUUGAUGCUGGAAAAAUUCAUUGCUUGGUCUAGCUGUAAUGUUCUGAUUUCUCAUACUGGUGGCAAUGUCUUUAGUUUUGCAGAAGAACUAUAUCAUGGUUUACAAUGACAAGAGGUAAUGCAGAGUCAGUUAUCUUUCUUCA